AAAAGAAAAAAAGUCCAGCCCCUCUGAAGAUUUCCUGUUGCAUGAAAGUGCUACAGUGACUCACACCGAGCACGUCCUACCUCCUCUGUUUACUCUCCCAGGGCAGCGAGAGAGUAAAGAAGCGGACCGAAGAAAGUUCGCUCAAGCCUGGAUAUUAACUCCCCGCCGAGGCUUGGCUUAAUUAAUGAGAAAGAUAGGGUUAUUGUCCGCCUCUUCAUGGAGCCUCUUCGCGUUUCCGCUUUCUGGUGUGGAGCAAUACUCUGUGCGAGUGUUGUGCUCGAGCAGGCGGGUGCUGAUAUAAUGAAGAUAAGGCGGCUGUGCAUGUUUUGCGACGAAGAACCAACCAGCUGCAACGGCCGAGGAAGCUGCAAGGUGGAGUGUGGUAUCACUUCCAUUUGUGCCCACGAUCAUGAAGUGUGUGUCGCUAUUUGGAGGAAAAAAGACGGCAAUGCCACAUUUGACACGGUCUGCCAUAACCCAGCUGACAAGCUGUAUGGCCUGGUCCUGGAGGACUACAACAAUAGCAAGUGUGAGAUGAAAGAAAGGCAGGGUAUGGGCUCAUCCUUUUUCAUCUGCUCCUGCUCUGAGGAUGAGUGCAACCGCGAUAUCAUCUUUAACUACAACGUGGACUCUCAGGUUGCUGUCAUCUUGGUGAGCCUGGUUCCUCUGCUGGUCAUGGCUAUAUUGGUGAUUUCUUCCUUCUACUGUUAUCGAGUCUACCACCAGCGCAAGGCUAAUGCUAAACGCAAGAAAGGCGGCCCACCCGACUUUAGUGACGCUCGCGCCAUCAUGGUUGACGACGAAGGUUCUGACAGCAGCUCCACGCACGCCAAUAACCUCAACCACAACACUGAGCUGUUGCCUAUUGAACUGGAUGUCCAGGUGGGAAAAGGUCGUUUUGCCGAAGUUUACAAAGCCAAACUAAAGCAGGGAUCCACAGUCAGUGACGAGCAGGGCUUUGAGACUGUGGCAGUAAAGAUUUUCUCAUACGAGGAUUACGCAUCCUGGAAGAAUGAGAAGGACAUUUUCUCGGACGCCGACUUGAGACAUGAAAAUGUGCUCCACUUCCUCACAGCAGAGGAGAGGAAGAUACAGAGACAGUACUGGCUGAUCACAGCGUACCAGCCAAGGGGGAACCUCCAAGAAUACUUGACCCACCAUAUUGUCAGCUGGCAUGAGCUGUGGUUACUGGGAGGAUCGCUUGCUGGUGGUCUGGCACAUCUUCACAGUGACCACUCCCCAUAUGGCCGAUACAAGGUGCCUAUUGCACACAGGGACAUUAAGAGCUCCAACAUACUCGUGAAGAGUGACCUGACCUGCUGCCUGUGCGACUUUGGCCUCGCACUCCGGCUAGACAACUCCCUGUCUGUGGAUGAGCUGGCAAACAGUGGACAGGUGGGAACAGCCAGGUACAUGGCUCCAGAGGUCUUGGAGUCCAGGAUCAACCUGGAAAACAUUGAGUCCUUUAAACAAGCCGACGUGUACUCUAUGGCACUCGUACUGUGGGAGAUCAUCUCCAGGUGCAGCGCUAUUGGAGAGGUAAAAGAGUAUGAGCCUCCUUUCGGAAACCUGAGGGAGCACCCGUGUGUAGAGAGCAUGAAGGACAGCGUUCUCCGAGACCGGGGAAGACCUGAGAUUCCUAACAGCUGGAUCAACCACACAGGCAUCCAGGUGGUGUGUUCCUCCAUAGAAGACUGCUGGGAUCACGACCCAGAAGCCCGCCUGACAGCCCAGUGUGUUGCCGAGCGCUUUGAUGAAAUGGAGUACCUGGACAAGCUGUCGGACUGCUCCGACUCGGAGGAAAAGAUCCCAGAGGAAAUCAUUGUGGUGGACGAGAAAUAGCGCAAAAAAAUCAACAAAAAACACUGCUCCCUCCUGGAUGGCAGAGGUAUAACAAGGAACAGACUGGAAAAAUAACAGAGGUUUUUAACUAUUAUGUCAGAUUUCAUGGACAAGCUUCUCAGACAAACAGGGAUAUCACAAAAUCAAGCUUUUAUUACUUUUGCACUUUAUCAUUAUCCAUGCAUACUAAACGGCAUAUAUGCAGUAACUAAAAAAAAACUUUUCAUACAAAAUAAAGGAUAUUCAAAAAGUAAUUUACAAUACCAAGAUGGGUCGUUCCACCGAAUUGGUGCCAGUUGCUUGUUGACUCCCAAAAUAAACUAACAUAAAAAUAAAAAAACUUAACAUUAAACUUACAUUCAAGCAUAGUAUUAACAAAUACAUGAAAUAUAAGCCAAGUGGAAUAUUUGCCCACAGUAAGCACAUUACAAUUGAUUCAACAAAUAAAGGGUGCUAACGUGUUAGGCUUACAGGACUGAAUGAAACCAGAGACAUGACUGACAUGGGUUUUUUAACCUUUUAUUUUUAGAGUAUAGUGGAGAAGUAACAAAUAUUUAACAUUUAGGCACUAUUUAAAAUACAGUAUUUUAUAUUAGUCUAAUUUUAGGAAGCAGUGACAAAAGCUAUUUUCCGGUGGAAAGUAUUUUAAAUGCAUCUUUUUAUUUUUAAACAUGCAACCGACACUUUGCUUAAAGGAGCCAUAUGUGAUAAUCUGGCCAGAAAUGGUAUUGCAAUCAUGGUCAAAAUUAUGUAGUCCCCUCCCCCUCUCCUUGUCUGAGGUUGCCAGAUACGCAGCCGAAUCCAUCUCGAUCGACUGGGCUACUCCAAGGAACUUCAAACUUCCAAUGCCUCUUACUAGGGGUUGACGUGCUGGGACCAUAAUAGCUGAAUAGACAAGCGUUUUGUCAAUAACGAAUCUCUAAGCAACACAUUUUACACAGAAAUUAGGAUAUUUUCAGGAAGAAGUACGUCAUGCCUGCAUACAAUAUUACAACAAAUGGCAAUCAUAUGGUUAUUGUCAGUACUAACAGAAAACAAAGACUAAAACAAACUACAACCAAAGCUACCAAUGGUUAUUCUGGUGAAAAUAAGUAGAGCAUGCUUAGCAGCCUAAUGUACGCCCAAAACUAUAGGAGAUAUUUUACUAAGGUAUGCCUAUAGGCUACUGUUUAAAGGCCUACUGAAAUGCGAUUUUCUUAUUUAAACGGGGAUAGCAGGUACAUUCUAUGUGUCAUACUUGAUCAUUUUGCGAUAUCGCCAUAUUUUUGCUGAAAGGAUUUAGUAGAGAACAUUGACGAUAAAGUUUGCAACUUUUGGUCGCUGAUAAAAAAGCCUUGCCUGUACUGGAAGUAGCAGACGAUAUGCGCGUGACGUCACAGGUUGUGGAGCUCCUCACAUCUGCACAUUGUUUACAAUCAUGGCCACCAGCAGCGAGAGCGAUUCGGACCGAGAAAGCGACGAUUUCCCCAUUAAUUUGAGCGAGGAUGAAAGAUUUGUGGAUGAGG